AGACAUUAGUCAAAUCAGUGGAUGAUGAAUCAUUGGAUGACAAACAGAGAUGAUGACACGGACAUAAGCGUGCAACGUUACUAAGUCCGAGACGACAUUUACAUAUAUAGCGUCAUCAUCCCCGCACACAUCAGUCCACAACCAUCAGUCCACAACUAAAAUAUUCCACCUUCAAAACCUCCCAUAUAUACUGCAAAUACUACAUUACAAAUCAUGAAGUACGUCCAACUCGGCAAAAGCGGCCUCCGCGUGUCCCCGAUCUGCGUCGGCUGCAUGAGCUACGGCACCCCCGGCAAGCAAUUCGACUGGGCAAUCGGCGAAGCCGACGCACUCCCCAUCCUAGACCACUGCUACAAGUCCGGUCUCAACUUUUAUGACACAGCCAACGCGUACUCCAACGGCGACUCGGAGAUCAUCCUCGGCAAGGCUAUCAAGAAAUUCAACUGGGACCGGGAGGCCAUCGUCGUCGCGACCAAAGUGUGGGCUCCGGUAGGACGGGGUUUUGAGAAGCCGCUCCGGAUGGCGCAGGAUGACCGUGACAAUGCGGGGUAUGUCAAUCAGUACGGGUUGAGCAGGAAGCAUAUCUUCGAUAGCGUGGAUGCGAGCCUGAAGCGUCUUGAUCUGCCGUAUGUGGAUCUGCUGCAGAUACACCGGUUUGACCCGCAUACGUCGCCGCGGGAGACGAUGGAGGCGCUGCAUGAUGUGGUCAAGUCGGGUAAAGUGCGGUAUAUUGGGGCGAGCUCGAUGUGGGCGCAUCAGCUGCUGGAGUAUCAGUAUACGGCGCGACUGCACGGGUGGACUGAGUUUGUGAGUAUGCAGAAUUUGCAUAAUGCGAUGUAUCGCGAGGAGGAGAGGGAGAUGUUUCCGGCUUGUGCGCAGUUCGGCAUGGGCGGCAUCCCGUGGAGUCCUGUGGCGCAGGGGUUUUUGACCAGGCCGUGGGGGGAGUAUGGGGGGACGACGCGAGGGGAGGGGCAGGAUGAUAAGUUGAUGGGCAGACCUAUUACGGAGGCGGAUCGGAGGAUUAAUGAGCGGGUUGAGGAUAUUGCGAAGGAGCGGGGCGUGUCGAUGGCUGUUGUUGCGCUUGCUUGGGCUUUGUCGAAGCCGUUCAUUACGUCGCCGAUUGUGGGGAUGAGUAAGGAGAAGAGGGUGGAUGAGGCUGUCCAGGCGAUUGAGUUUGAGCUUGGGGAGGGUGAGAUCAGGAGCAUUGAUGAUCUGUAUGAGCCGAAACAUGUGGUGGGACAUCAGUAGGGACAUCGGUAGUGGACUGAUGAGAGUCUGGAGUGUUGACUCUGAAUCUUGAAACCUAGUGUGUGUGAUGAGAUUGCUUCUGCGUAGGUCUAGACUCACCAGAGAACAUUCCUAUCAGACAGACUGUAUCCCCUGAUCACUCUGAUUGCGGGAUUAAUCUUUCCAUGCUGUCCAUCCACGUAAAUUCCCGAGACAAACAUCCCUCCCACAUAGGAACUUAUUUCACCCUUUCGCAGAAAGCGAAACAACGCCGUAGCUCAGACCAGAUACUUUUGGCGCAUGCAUACACCCGGACCUGACAUCCAUCCCGUCAUCACACUGCAGGUGAUCCCAC